AUGCUUGAACAGCUGCAGUCGGCGCUUUUGGAUGGGCUCUUCCAGUUGCUUGGCGUCAAGAAGCACGAGGUCAAGGAUGCUCCUCGGAACACCAAGCAGGCCAUCGCAGCAUCUGCUGCGCUGCUCCUCCUCUUUACCUGCCUUCUGCUGGCCGUGAUGACGGGCGUCAUGCUGCAUGCCUUCAGAUCUGUGGCUGUGAACCCUUCGGGAGUCCUCACGUUGCCGGAAGACGAGGCGAUGGUAGCAGGCCUCGGCGAAGCCGUCGACCUCUGUGGCCUUGCAGACUACCCCAAGCUCCCGGCACAGGAUCUGCGUCGCAUCGAGGACGUUGCUUUCUCUUUGGAGGGGGCGUUUCACUUCUACCGGGUCGCCAGCAUCCAUCAGACGAAAGGCGGUGGGGUUCGAAUAGAAGCCGAGGAUGGCACGCGCCUGCUCGUGCAAGACGGCACAGUCAGCUUUGAACGCCGCUGGUUCUCGAAAGAUGCUUUUACCCAAGAUGAGAGCGUAGGCUUAGGGGGACCUGCAGCGACGCUUAGAAUUGUGCAGCCAGACUCGCGCAGUGGAUGA